UGGUUUUCCAAUAGGAUAUUUUGCGGUGUAUACAACCCACCAUGUAUGUGGAAUCUUAAUAGACACACAAAAGCCACUGAGCACUCCCAUCACCACCACACACCGCAUUCAACAAAGAAGAAGAAAUGGCAAUUCUGAGUUACUUAACGGUGACCGCAGCGGCCACACCAAUGUCACCGGAGUCUCCGGGGUCAGCACCAUUGCCGGAGCAGCCAAAGCAGACUAAGGUGAUACUCCCAAAGAAGAAGCCGAUGAAGUGGUCAACGGGUGUGGCACCAGGGGACUACGGUGGACCGCCAACCACCACAAAACUUCGCAAGUACUGGGGUGGCGAGGAGAAAGACCCUUUGGCCUCCAAUGACUUCAUGUGGAACAAGGACUUUGUUGGUCGUUUCAAGAGGCUGAUUCAGGAUCCCCAACCUGCCCCUCUUACACCUCCUAAGGAAGAGCCUUCUGGAUUUCUAAGCUUAAAUAGAGUUAUGAGCCUUGACAGUUUGGAAGUUGAUUUAAGCAAAGAACUCUCAACUCCUGUAAACCGCACUCUAAACCAACAAAUAGAGGAAGAAACUGAUGUUACUAAAAGCAAGAGAGUUAUAUGGAAGCUGGCACCAACGCGCCGUGAGCAAGAAAAAUGGGAUAGAGCUACCAAGGCUGCAACCGGAGGCAGUGAUGUGAUGUUUCGGGAAAUAAGGCGUCCUCGUGAAGAUCCGGAAGUAUUGGCUGCUAAAUCACAGGAGCAAUAUAAUAAGUUGAAAACAAAGUUGCAAUUCCUUACAUUGGGUAUAGGUGGCGUUGGUCUGGUUUCAGCUUAUGUUUCUUAUUCUCCUGAGAUUGCAGCUAGCUUCGGUGCUGGAUUACUUGGUUCUCUGGCAUACAUUCGCAUGCUGGGAAGUAGUGUGGACUCCCUAAAGACAGAUGGUUCAAAAGCCCUUAUCAAGGGAGCAAUUGGGCAGCCGAGAUUAUUGGUUCCUGUCAUAUUAGUCAUGGUUUAUAACCGUUGGAAUUCAAUUCUUGUUCCUGAAUUCGGAUCUAUGCAUUUAGAAUUGAUACCAAUGCUAGUAGGCUUUUUCACAUAUAAGAUUGCAACCUUUGUUCAAGCAAUAGAGGAUGCUCUCACCGUAGCUGUAAAGAAAACUUAAAUAUCAUGAAAGUAAUCUCUUCCUUCUGUCAUUGAACAUAUUUGUUAUAUUUCUGCUUUCACAUUAUAGGCUUUUAUAUUUAAUUACAUCAAGAUACAUGAUUAAAUUACAUUCAUAUACAUCAAGAUACAUGGUGUUUCAUUA